AUGUGCAAAGGGCCCGUCGCCAUCCUCAACCACGUGGGCUCCGGUGCAGACGCUUUUGUCUCGUUCCCUCCCGCCCCUUAGCUCCGCGCUCCUAAGUAAAAAGGCCCGGGCCGAAACUGAGGCGGGGAAGAGGCGUGAGGCAGGCCACGCAAGUGCUCAUUGGCUCUCGGCAGCCCUCGUGACACGAAACACCGCAGCCUGAUUCGCUGCCUGGGGGGGAAGGGGGGCUCUCGCGCUCCUCUUCUUGCUCGAAAGGCCGGUUCGCUGAGAUGCUCCUCACUUGGGAAGGGAGGAAAAUAGAAGGCGGCUCAUGAGGGGCUGGCGAGGGGCUUCGCGGUAAGGUGUCCGGUAAGUGUGUCUGUUUGCGUUGCCCCCCUCCCCCUCCCCGCUUCAGCGCUCUGUUUUCCUUGGCGACGAAACGGGAGGGAGGGCUCAGGCAGACGACCUCCCCCCUCUUCGAGAGAAGGCGCAUGCGCGUGAAGAGCGUCCGGCUCGCGGUCAUUCGGAGUGGCGGUUGCGGUCAGUAACGGUCGUCCUCUGACGUCGUCCGCGUUCCAUCAGCGCCCCCCCCCCUUGCCCUCUCCACACACAAGAUGGCGGGCAGGGGGCCGGUGGGAAUAAGUGUGGCCGAACCUCCCUUGACAGAGGCAGUCUACCACGGGGUCCUAUGGAGGCAAAGGAGGCUGUGUGCUGGCCGGGCCUUUAUUGUGACACCCCCUCCCCAACCCCCACGUCACUGAGGCAUCAGGCUGGACCAGUUGGCCUUAACUGGGCAAAGCAGUUCUUACGCAAAAUACAAAGGGCAGCACAAUUAUCUUUUUUACAGGUGUGUAGGAGGGGAAUUCCUGCAGGUGCAGCUUCCUUCACCGCUGUGUCAAGCAAGCUGAAGCUUGUCGAAACGCAUUAUUUGCUGGAGUCCUGUGCGGUCAUAACUUGGGGGGUUGAAGCGGCAUAAUUCCUAAGCUGUGACACCCCCACUCCCCUAAAACAGUAGCCACAACCCACCCACAAUGUUAUCACCGCCCUUCUGCUAAGGGGUAACCUGUCAUGUCUGCUGCUCACCUGAGAUCCAGAUAUAACCAGCUGUUGAAGCAGCAGGUGGAAAAGAGCUGGCACACCCAUUGCUGGUGUUUAAGGGGAAUUACCUAUGUAAUCAAGGACUUGAUGAUCCUCUGAGCAGACUGCCAUCCUCCCUGCUGUAAUGCAGUAUCUCGUACCGAACUCAGUGGGAGUGCAAAAUAAAUGAGCAUGAAUUGCUCAGAAAGAGUCACAGGCUUGCGAGAAUGCUGCAAGGCCAUUGUGUUACCUGCAUUGUGUGCUUUUUGUUGCAUGUCGCAAGAAGCCGCCAACCCUUCCCCUCUAUUGCUCAUUUUUGACUAUUUUGACUAUUAACCCCCUUUUAGAGAAAAAACAAAAUAGGAGAUACAUAUCUUAGUGGAGCAAAUCCUAUUGGUAAAGGAAAGUGCAGGUCUUUAACACAAAACCUUUUGUCAAUGAAGCACACAAAACCUCUGCUGUACAGAAUGCAAAGUUGCUUGCAAAUACAUGAUUUCUUUUUAAAAAAAGCUCCUUAAAUGUAUCAUACCACUGAUCAGAAGUUUGUUAUAUUGUAUAUUGCUCAAAUAAUCCAGAGUCCCAAGAUUCUGUUCUGUGUAUUUUUAUCCACUAUGUUUAUUAAGCUGUUAAAAAAAUAUAAAAACAAGGAUGAAUUCAAAGAGAGAAAUGUUCACCCACAAAUCACAAGCUGUUGUCUGAUUUUUAUUUUUGAAUGGGUUUUCAUUACACCUUACUCUUUAUCAACAAGGAAUAAGGGGAAGAGUGGAAGAGAGGGACACACAAAAAAUACCCAACUUUUUAUGUGAAGCCAUAAGGCAGGGAUGGAAAACCUUUGGCUAUCUCAUCCAGAGCUGGUCACUGGACAUGCAAGCUAGGACUGAUGGAAGGUGUAGUUCAGCAACAUCUUUAGUUCUGCAAUGUCUGUCUUGAAUCAAGUCUAGAUGCAGACCUUGGCUUAAGGCUUCAGCACUGAGCCAACACCACCUUGCCCCUGCCCUCUGUAUUAUGUAACAUCCAGCCUGAUGAAGCAUUCUCAAUGACUUGGAAGCGGCGCUCGCUAUUUUGUGACUUUUUGAUUCUCCCUGAAGAUAUUGCCACAGAGGAUUUUGAAGAGGAAUAUUUGCAUGUUUCCAUAUAGUUUCUCCUUCACAUCUACUAAACCAAAACAGUGUUUCUCUACGUGUCUAGACACAACUUAAAUUAAUGACAUUUCCCCUACUAGUGCAACAUACUAUGUUAUUACUGGUGGUAAUUCUUACCUGUAAAGCUCUUAAUAGCUUGGGCCCUUUUGGCUGCGCCUUCUUCAGUAUGACCUUCCUCCUUGCUGUUAAUGUAGGGCUGGGGAACCAGGUUGUUGGUUAAUAAUUCUCUUAAUCCCUGACCAUGCUGGCUGAGGCUGAUGGGAAUUGGAGUCUGAACAUUUGGAGGGCCAGAGAUUCCCAACAACUACAAUAAGUUCUGCUUCAUCUCACAAGGUUAAACUUCUGAGGUUGUUGAACAAGGCCUCUUGCAUCAUAGAACCAAUGACUUUAAAAUUUCCUCCCUGGGAGAUGUCCACUUGAGCCUAAAUCUUUUAUAGGCCUACUUGUCCAUUCAGCAUUGAAGAUUAAUGGUGGCAAGUAUAUAUCAGGGAUGUCCAACAGGUCAAUCGGGAUCGACUGGUUGAUCCCUGGGAGGUUUUGGUAGAUCGCGGUAGAUCACUGGCUCCUCCAUCCGGCCUUGCCCUCGCGCCCGCCCCCCGUCCUCUAGAUUGCUAGAACGGAAGAUGGACUGUCUCCUUAGUGAUUUAUUGGUGAGUCCCUGUGUUCAUUUUUUAGACCUGACCCCCCCCAAAAAGGGAUGUUCCUCCCUAAAAAAAGCUCACCAGCUUUUACCUGAAGCUCCCCCCCCCCCCGAGGGGUACAUCACUGCCAGAUUUUAAUCAUGUGAGUAGAUCAUGUGAGUGGAGUAGUCUCUUGGAAGUUGGACAUCCCUGAUAUAUAUAAUUUUGAGUGCUUCCUGGGGGGAAAUGCAGUGAAGUGGGGGUGGACUUCAAAAGCAACACAGUGAGCAAAUUGAGUAGCCUGUCAGGAAUUCUAAACACUUCACUAUACAUGUUGUUGCAGAUUCCACUUCUAAUCAAGAAAUAGUAUUGUAUUAUAUUAUUAGAAUAGAAUAAAACAUAUAAUAUUACAUAUUAUAUUAUUAAGUAAUGUUAUAUCAAGUAAUGUUAACUUAGAAAGAAAACGUGUUUUAAAUUAGCAGAAUGUCUGUGAAAUAUUUGUUUUAAUUGCUCUGGAGUAAAUUGCAGUAUGGGAUACACGAAUCGUUUACUUAACUGCUUUCUUUUGUCAUUUUCCUUACAGGACUCUGCUAUGGCGAAAAAGCUUUAUGUGACUUUUCUUUUCAUAUACUUGUUUUCUGAAGCUCGCCACCAUGGCUUGGAAUCAACCACUAUUUCACAAACUACAGAGAACCUUAUACCUGAGAAGGCAGUUGGUAUCAAUGUUGAUUUGGCCACGCUUAUGCAGAGACAUCACCUUCAGGAACUCUUCUCUCGUUAUGGGGAGAACAAUACAUUGACUAUAGAAGGAUUUAGAAAACUUCUACGGAGUAUGGGCAUUGAGAAGGUGAAAAGAAUUUCCCAAGAUCAUGAGCACCACCGUCACCACCAUAAUCAUGUUACCCUCAGUACAAAUUCUGAGAAAAUAGGUUGCCCUAGUGACGAACCUGUCGGUGGAAGCAAAAAUCAUUUGAAUAAUUGGGCAAAGGAUUUGUCUAGCAAACAGAAUACAGAACACCAGCAGGGCUCUGUGAAUAGCAAGAGUACAACGGUUGCUAUAGCUGCAUCCACCUACACCACGACCACAGAAGGCAAUCCUUUGAUACAGCAUUCAGAAACUGCAGAAUUGAAGUCUACACGUAUAGGCCUUGCCAACCCCAAUCCUAGCAUUGUUCUAGAAAGCAGCAAUGUGAGUUCACUUGUAAAUGGAAAAACAAAUGAAUCGCUUGUUUUCGUGAGGGAAUCAGAAAGAGGAAGUUACAUGUAUUCGAAAAUAAGAAAAAUUACACAAGAGGUACUUGGAGAUUGUUUUUUAUUGAAAGGAAAGUUGUGAUGUUUGGUAGCGUUGUAUUUCUUAUUCUUUAUGAGCACUUUUUCGACCACCCCCUGCUGCAUAUUUUCUACAUUGCUUUUCCACUUCAUAGAAUUGCUGUAUAAGGGUCAAGAGUUAUGAAACUGUUCAAGUCUAAGAUUUGACUUGAACCUUGCCAGGGGCAUUUGGGUUGGGGCUGCUGAAAACCUUGGGGACAGGGCACUUCUAAGUUAACACUUUUUAUUAUCUAUAGAUUUAUCUCCCCCUUCAGAACAGCAGAAAAUGUUCUUCCCCUCCUGUUUUUAACCUUAAAGCAACCUUGUAAGGUAGCUUAGGUUAAGAGACAUUGACAUGCCCCAGCUUUGCGGUUGGUGAGUCUAUUUGUUCCUAGCGUUUUGCUAUGCUACAGUAUAAAGGCAAAGGGACCCCUGACCAUUAGGUCCAGUUGUGGCCGACUCUGGGGUUGUGGUGCUCAUCUCACUUUAUUGGCCGAGGGAGCCGGCGUACAGCUUCCGGGUCAUGUGGCCAGCAUAACUAAGUGGCUUCUGGCGAACCAGAGCAGCGCACAGAAACGCCGUUUACCUUCCUGCUGGAGUGGUACCUAUUUAUCUACUUGCACUUUGACGUGCUUUCAAGCUGCUAGGUUGGCAGGAGCAGGGACCAAGCAACGGGAGCUCACCCUGUCGCAGGGAUUCGAACCACCGACCUUCUGAUCGGCAAGUCCUAGGCUCUGUGGUUUAACCCACAGCGCCACCCGCAUCCCUAUGCUACAGUAUAGUAGCUACUUUAUUGAGAGAUGCUACAGUAUAGUGGCUUGCAAUAAAGUAGAAUACAUUUCUAAACAUGCAUUCUGUUAUUUAAAUGUAUUUGCCAUAAGUGCAUUUCUGUUAGCGUACCAGCAAUCAGGGGUCUCAUGGGUGUGCUGCCAGUAUGCUAAUACCAUAUUCCAGUGGGCCAGGUCAUAUCUACUUUUGUGGCAUCCGUUUUUUGAAAGAAGGAGUAGGCAAGCUUUCUAAUCGUUCAGACAGGAUGGAAAAGUAGUGAAUCUGAUUGUAGCCUUGCAAAUAACUAAACACAUUUUUCCAGGCCUCAACAUUUUAUUAGUCCAAAGUUUGUUUUAAAGUAAUUUUUGGCAUAUCUGCCACAAGGGGGAAAAGAACUUAUUCUCUUCUACAAUACUCUUCUCCACCUGGUUGUAUUGAAAUAAUUUUUAUUCACUAUCUGGUAGGUAGCUAUUUAAAAGCUUAGUUUAACUAUAUGCUCCUUUUUUCAACCAAUGUGGUUACCUUUAGUUGACAUUAAAUUUCAAGCCAUAUUUUUAGAAUUCCAAUGAUUUUAAUUUUUGUCUUCAUCAUUAAAAACAUUUUUGAAUGACUGUCCACUGCUUAUAAAAAUUCCCUUCAUUAAUCAAGUUGUCUGGAUAAGUUCUUAAUUGGAAUGCUAUCAAAUAAACCUAUGUUAUGAAACCCUUUGGCCUCUCUGUAGCUGGCCUAUCAAAAUAAUUUCUACCUAACUUGUUCCUUUGUUCCCAGUUCUUUUGGUAUAGAAAUGUCAAACUUACAUCUCCUUAGGUUGAUAGGGGUGGCAUGCGUCUGUGCCAUAUUGUGCAUUAUUUAAGAAACCCCACCUGUUUCAAAAGCAGAUAGCUGUGUGUUUUGGGUUUUUAAGUGGUGGCAUGGGGAAAUCAAAUCAGAGAAUUAGUUGCACAUUUCUUUUGAAUUUUUGCUUAUAAAUACAUUUGUUACUACCCUAUAUAUAUGACAAAUUUUGUUCCGUUUUGCCUGUUUGUGAUUUUUUGCUUUUUUUGGUAUAGCACUUGAAUCUUUCCAGUUAAGUUCCCAACGUUUAUGUAUGCAUUUUCCUCAAAUGUGUUUGUCUCUUUUAUAGUGCUUCAAUGCUUCAAAACUGAUGCUUUCUCAUGGAAUAAGUACAAGAGUUCCAUUGACAGCCAUAGAAUUUAGUUAUAUUUGCCCUGCUAUUGUUAACCAGAUUGAUGGCAGAUAUUGUGUAAUUCAUGCAACAAGUGAAAAGACAGAAACUCCUCCAAAAACUUAUUCAUUGCAAGUAGGUACGUUUGUUGGUGAAGUCAAACAUUUCCUAUUUAAUCUCUUCUUUGAUGCUGUACUUAAAGCAAAAUAUUGAACACUAAUUUGUUUUGGAUGAUUCUGCUAUCUUAAAGUCUUCGUGGUUUUGUUUUGAAGGGCAAGAAACCUCAAGCAAGGGACACAAUACCUGUUUUUAUUUAGGUGAACUAGUGUUCACAAUGCAGCAUGCAAUCUUUUGUGUUACAUAGAAAUUAUUCCUCCCACUGAGUGCUUUACGAAAUAAAACUUCCCUCCCUGACAUAAGGUGGAAGAAAUUGGUUACUCAAGAAAGCAAGCUGUUUUUUCUUCUUCUUUUCAGCUUGGAUCGGUGGAUUUAUAUCCAUUUCUAUCAUCAGUUUCCUUUCGUUACUGGGUGUUAUACUGGUCCCUCUUAUGAAUCGUGUAUUUUUCAAGUUCCUUCUAAGUUUCCUUGUAGCAUUAGCAGUUGGUACCCUAAGUGGAGACGCUCUUUUACAUCUUCUUCCGCAUGUAAGUAUCUUCUUUUUCAUUGUAUUUACUGGGCAUGAAUCACUUUGGGACAUAGUACUACAGUGGUACCUCUGGUUAUGAGCUCCACUAACCUGGAAGUAGCUGCUCUUGGUUGCGAACUUUGCCCCAGGAUGUGAACGGAAAUUGUGCACCAGAGGCGCGUGCGCACGCAGCGGAAAACCUCAUUGGCAAAAGCCUCAGGAUAAGAACGGUUUCAGCUUAAGAAUGCACCUCCGGAAUGAAUUAAGUUCGUAACCAGAGGUACCACUGUACUGUAAAUAUGAUCAGGAAAUGUCUGUAAUUGCACCAUAAUAAUCCUACUUGUGGCACACCUCAGUAUAAUAAAGUUUUUAAUUUAACAACUCAGUUUCCACAUCAAACUACUCUGUGGUGUAUUUUUCCUUACAGUCUUAGAGCCAAACUAAGCAUUACAUUAAUUUCAUGAAUGCAUGCAAUAUAUGCAUUUUCUAAAAUGUAAAUAACUAGGGAUUGAAAGGGAGCAGCACUGGGGGACCUGAGAAAGUAGAAAGGAGGAGUUUAACCACAGCCACCCUACCGUGGUUGUGGUGAAAAGCCAUCAUUCCCUACCAAUGCAAAUGAACAGCUUCGGGUGGGAAAGAAUAAUCAUGGGGUCAUGGCCGGUGAGGAGAAGGGGAAACUUGCCCAUUGUCCCAAUACUGUUCAACACUGCCUAAUGCUGCCUCUGCUCUAGCUCUGCUAUUAAGUACAUAUGCUAUUAGGUUAAUUAGAGUAAUUAAUAUGUGCCAUGCUGAAUCAGACUGAAGGCAAAUCUAGUUCAGUAUCCUGAACUAGGAUGCUUUUGGGAAUGCCACAGAUAGGAUUUGGUAAUCCAGUUUGUGCCCAGCUGUAAAUGUUUGCUUGCUACUGUAGCAGUUUAUAAGAUCCAACUAUAAAUCUGCCAAAACAAAUCCUUUUGUGCCAUAGCUGUGCUACUGUAGUUGAAAUUCCUCCUUGUUUCAAGUGAGUAUAAAAUCUAUAGAACCCAAGGCCAUCACUGCAAUCUGAAGAUCUGGCAUUGCUAAUAUAAGAAGAGACACUGGUAGCACAGUGCUUUGGUAUUAUACAGAUAGAACGCUCAGUGCAGCACAGCAACUAAGCCAGGUUUUCUCUUAACCUGGGGUCGUCGUUAAGAAGCUAAACAACAAGGGAGAGCCAGCAUGGUGUAGUGGUUAAGAGCGGUGGACUCAUAAUCUGGUGAACCGGGUUCGAUUCCCCACUCCUCCACAUGCAGUUGCUGGGUGACCUUGGGCCACUCACACUUCUCUGAAGCCUCUCAGCCCCACUCACCUCACAGAGUGUUUGUUGUGGGGGAGGAAGGGAAAGGAGAUUGUUAGCCGCUUUGAGACUCCUUCAGGUAGUGAUAAAGCGGGAUAUCAAAUCCAAACUCCUCUUCUUCUCCUCCUUGGGAGUCUGCAUGUUUGCACUAAGCCAUGAGUUGGCUUAGUGUUGCAUGCAAACACGGCCAUAAUACCAUGAGAUGGUAUGAUAUGGGAAACAGGAAGCUUCCUUAUACUGAGUCAGACUGUUAGUUCAACUAGCUUGGUACUGUUUACACUGCCUUGCAGUGGCUCUCUGGGGUUUCAGACAAGGCUUCUCUCUCAGCUCUUCCUGGAGAUGCCAGGGUUUGCUGCUGCGACCUUCUGCAUUCAGAGCACAUGUUCUGUCACUGAGCUGUGACCCUUCCUCAUACCACUUCAGACUAAGAUAAGCUUUUCUAUUUUUUAAUGCUCAUCUUUGUGAACAUUCCAUGCAAAUAAAACUAAUAAACGAGCCUAGAACCACUGAUGCACAAUUAUUAUUUGCAAGGAGCUGUUUUUACAGGAGGAAGCAUUUGAAACUGGUGCUCUUCUUUUAGUCUGAAGUGGUACAGUCCACUCUACCCCUUUGAGAUCCAAGCCUUCUGCAUGUGUAACCCAAGCUUUAAUCAGUGUCACUUUUCAUCAAAUCAGACAUAGGUUCAACUGUUGAAACAGAUAUGAAAGCUAGGAGCUAAAUGCCACCUUAAACCAAGGUUAUGGGCUCAACAACAGAAUGUCUAGGCGCACUUUUUUAUAACAAGAAUACAAAGCUGAAAAUGAAUGAACUGCAGCUAAUAUCUUACGUUCAUUUUUCAAAUGGUCUAGUCCUCAUCUGAAGACUGCAAAAAACAAAGCCAUGCUUCCCCUGCCCAUCCCCCAUAUAUUCUUAAGAGGGUCUCUUCUCCAGUCUUCAGAGAAUGUCUGAAAGUGGGGAGGCAGAAAAAGGUCCUCUUUUCCUUCCACUGUGCAGUUUUAAUCUGAAUUUUUAGGCUCAGAAACUGCUCGCAGUAAUGAAAUUCCCUGUCGCAAAACACGCCUAGAACAAUGGGAGUUUCAAACGCUGCCCCAGAUACUCCUCCCAGACUUUGAAAUAAACUGAUGCUGGCAGACUCUUCCACUCCCCACGUCUUGUUGCUGUGUAUGGAAAGGUGUCUGAAGUAAUUUUCCCCCCUUCUUUCCCCCCAACGUUUAGUCUCAUGGAAGUCAUCAUCAUCAUCAUGAGAAACCAUUAUUGGAACACAGUAAAGACCCCACUUUUAAGCAUCUUGUUUUUCAAAGUGCAGAAGACAGUGCUAACUUGGAUUCUACGUGGAAGGGCCUCACAGCCCUUGGUGGAUUAUAUUUUAUGUUUCUUGUUGAGCACCUGAUCACACUAAUUAAACAGUUUAAAGACAAGAAGAAAAAGGUAGAGAAAUCAUGUAUUGAAAAGUGAAUUUAAGUUUUUCUGUGUCCAAAUCUUAAGGGAUGAUUUACACAAAGCUUGAACAGUAUAAGCUUUCCUUGGUGAGGGAACAGGAAGCACCUAGAUGAAUUGCAGCACUGUGGAGGGAUAGUUUUAAAAAAUAAAAUUGUGUUGAAAGGGUUUAAAAGUUGAUGGGAUAAAUAGUGAAUCAGAAUCAGAAUUGGUUGAAAUGUUUCAUUUAGACUUGAAACUUUUAAUAGUGAGCAAAAUGACUUGGGUUGCUUGUUGUGAAUUUUAUCACUUAUGUGCAGUUUCUUUCCUGUAUUUCAACUUCUGAUUUUCUUAAUCCAUUUCAUGUUUUUAUUGAUAAUAGUCUACGAGAUAUAUAGUGUUCAAGAUGUGUACCUAAAAUGUUAAUAACUUAGUGUAAUUCUUCAGAAAAAAAAUGAAGAUGAUGAAGCAGAAAUCAAGAAGCAACUAUCUAAAUAUGACUCUCAGCUUUCAACAAAUGAAGAAAAAAUAGACACAGAUGAUAGUAAGUUUUAAUAAAUGUUGUACAGCAUUGUCAUUCAAAAUGUUAUGGGUUCUUCUUUGUGUUUCCAUGCAGCCAAAUUGGUAUCUAAGUGUAUUGUGCAUUUUUCUACACAUAUAGCUAAAAGGUGAUUAUUGUUUCUGGUCUGAUGAACCACCCUUUUUUGCUACUUUUGAUACAGUGGUACCUCGGGUUACAGACACUUAAGGUUACAGACUCCGCUAACCCAGAAAUAGUACCUCGGGUUAAGAACUUUGCUUCAGGAUGAGAACAGAAAUCGCAUGGCAGCAGCGGGAGGCCCCAUUAGCUAAAGUGGUACCUCAGGUUAAGAACAGUUUCAGGUUAAGAACGGACCUCCAGAACGAAUUAAGUUUUUCACCUGAGUUACCACUGUACUUCAGCAUAUUCAUAUAAUCUAAGAUGCUCUGGAAAUGACUACAAAAGUUGACACUAACCUAUAGCUUAUAUGAGCGGUAUGAAUAUGCAUUCUUAGAAUGUGCCUAUCUAGUAGGGUUCAGUAUAUGGAAGUGAUCUUAUUAUCCAAGAACAAUUUCUCAUCGAUACAAGAUGAGGUUUAUACUUAUCCCAUUGCAUAGAAUCAUAAUACUUCACUUUAUCUGCGUUUCAAAGCAGGAAAGAAUAGCAAUUCACUUCUGACAUGUAGCUGCUGCUUAACGUUUGAACAGUUUGUGGAAUUACUUAUUUAAGUUAUCUAUUAAAGCUGUUUCUAACAGCCCAGUUUUCAAAUGCUGUUAUGCUUGGUUUUCUGCAAGAGAGCACUUUCAUACUGCCUUACCAGCAUAAUUGACCAUUUAUUUCUUAAUUAUACGUUCUAUUUUUGUGCAAUUCUGAAAUUUAGGAACCACUUUUUUGUGUGGUUAAUAGUGCGGCACUGAGUAUUGCAUCAGUUGACUCUUUAAAUAGGAGCCCAGAAUGGGGGGGGCGGGGGCGGAAGCAAAUGGGUAAGCACUGGUUUCAAGUUUAAAUGCAUUUUUCAUAGUGAUAAUUUUCCUAGUAUUUGUAUAAGACCAAGAACUUAUUUUCACUUGUUUAAUUAUGUUAUGAAUUCUGCUGUCAAUGUAAAAUGGGGCUUGCCCAGCAUAAGCCUGCAAUAUUAUCUUGUUCAGUACUUCCACUCCAGUAGAGUAAAAUACUUCAUUGGGCUCCAAAUAGGGAAGAUAAUUUGAAGAUGGAAAGUGUCUUGGCUCAGUGUGGUAUGGAGAAAUUUCUCACCUGGCUCAUUUAUGGAUUCAUCCCAUAGUAACUGAAAUCCAUUUCUGUAGUCAUAAACAGCACACCUUCUAGUCUUCAGCUCUGUAGAAAAGGCAAGGUGGCAGGUUGUACAUUAGGGUUGCACAUUUCUUUGAAUUUCUUAAUACAAUCCUAUAUACGUGAAGUAUUGCAACAAGAAAAUGUGGCUGGCAGAAGAUGCUUAUAAAAAUGGAUCUGAAAUUAAUGUGUUUCACACACAUCUCUUCCAAGACCCAUGGCUAGAGAAAUAUCUAAAACUAGAAUGGGUAAUAUGUGGCACUCCAGAUAUUUAUGGAUUCUCAUCUCUUAUCAGUCCCAACCUACGUGACAAAUGACCAGGAGAGAGAAGGCAGGUGACAGAUUUCCCAUCUCUGACAUAAAAUAUUUUAUGAGUAGGAUAUCAAGUACCGAAAAUGUUGCGGUAGGCAAAAGUGUUCUGAAUGUUCUGUUGCGUCUUUUUGUUUUGAGAAUGUAAUCUGCUUUUCCUGUGUUUCACAAAGGGCCAGAAGCUUACUUGGGGGCACAUUCACAAGAGCCUUCGAACUUCAUCUCCCAGAAGCCAGUAGUACAAGAAGAAGAAGAAGUUAUGAUAGCUCACCAUGAGCCUGCUGACCAUGAAUAUGCAUCCAGGGGGUGCAGAAAUAAAUGCCAUUCACAUUUACAUGACACCCUAGGACAGUCGGAUCAUCUCAGUCAUCAUCACCAUGAUUACCAUCAUAUUUUGCAUCACCAUCAUCAUCAGAACCAUCACCCGCAUAGCCAUAGCCAGCGCUACUCACGUGAAGAACUGAAAGAUGCUGGUAUAGCUACUCUAGCCUGGAUGGUAAUUAUGGGUGAUGGACUACAUAACUUCAGUGAUGGCCUCGCAAUUGGUUAGUGUAUCUUGAUGUUUUUUAUUGAUUAGUCCCAUACAUUUUGGUGGCCAAUCCAAUUCUUUUCUGUGCUGUUACCUCUUCAUUUCUGGUAUUAGUAUAAAAGCAGAAAGGCAGAAGCCUUGUUGUCUGCUGUUGCAGAAGGCAGGGCUUCUUUUAAUGGGUUUGAAAGGAGGGUAGAUAAUGGUGGGACAUUAGGAGAAACUUCUUAACAGGAAGAGCAGUUUGAUAAUGGGGAUCAGUUACCUAGAGGUGUUGUGAACUCUCCAGUACUAGAGGUCUUAGGCCAGGCUUCCUCAACCUCGGCACUCUAGAUGUUUUGAGACUACAAUUCCCACCAUCCCUGACUACUGGUCCUGCUGGCUAGGGAUCAUGGGAGUUGUAGUCCCAAAACAUCUGGAGGGCUGAGGUUGAGCCUGUCUUAGGCAGUGACAUUGGACCCUAGGAGGUUGGACCAGAUGGCUUAGAAGGCUCUUCUCAUCUAUGAUGGUCUUGACUAGUCUCCUCAAAAUCCUGUCGUGUGUGAAGCUCACAGUACAUUUUCUACCCAGUGGUGGAUAUACUGCAGAUCCAAAGUGUGUUAAUGUUUAUAGUGAACUUCUUUAAUCGAACGACGUUAAAAGUACAUACCACUUUCUGAUGAUAGAUUCUAAAACAGCCAUAGCUGAAAACUUUUUCAGUUUGAGGGCUGCAUGCCAACAGUGGAAGGAGCCAGGGGAAAAGUGAGUAGAGCAACAGAUGCUACUCUUAACUUAGUACCAGUGUUCGAAACUCCCAUUGUUCUAGGUGCUUUUUGCGACAGGGAAUUUCAUUAGUUCAAGCAGUUUCUGAGCUCUGGGCACAGUACUGUGCCUAAGAUUUCAGAUUAAAACUGCACAGUGGCAGGAAAGGAGGAUCUUUUUUGCCUUCCCACAUCCAACAACUCUGAAGACUGGAUAAGAGUCUUAAGAAUAUUAGGCAGGUGGGCAGGGGAAGUAACUAGACCAUGUGAAAAAUGAAUAUAGGAUUUUAGCUGCAGUUCAUUCAUUUUCAGCUUUGUAUUCUUGUUAUAAAAAAGUGUGCCUAGACAUUCCGUUGUUGCACCCAUAACCUAGGUUUAAGGUGCCAUUUAGCUCCUAGCUUUCAUAUCUCUGCUUCUAACACGGCUUUGUACAGUGGGCUACAUUCCUGCUACGUGAAAGGUACAGGCUUAUACAUACACAUCUACAUCCAGGCAAGCAAGCAGCCUUAUCACAGUUUAAGGAUGCAUUCCAGCCAGGCAAAAGCACUCAAGGGGACAUGGCCUGAGGCAAGUCCAAAGGUAAGAUGGAGAUGCUUAGAGGGAGCAUGGGAGGAAAAAUCACCGCUGAUUUACUCCUCUCUCAGUUCUGCUGUUGCUAUGCUACCCAGAGUUAAGUCAUGGUUUGGCUUAGCAGUAGCGCAAACUAGGUCAUCAUAUAUUUAUAUGUGGAUGUAACUGCAUUCUUCAAGCGAGAUUGCUUCUCUUUAAUUUCCUUUGUCUUCUCCCAGGGGCUGCUUUUACUGAAGGUUUAUCUAGUGGCUUAAGCACUUCGGUUGCAGUCUUUUGUCAUGAGUUACCACAUGAACUGGGUAAGAGGGAACCAAUUUUGGUUACUGGUAGGGUAUUGUUUCUAUACAUUUACAUUUGGUUGAUUUGAUUGAUCACUGUCACAGUUACAUUGAGGUAUUUCAUAGUAUGUGUGAAUAACAGUAAUAUCCCAUCCUCUUGGGCUCCUGUAGAAUAGACUGCUCAAGGGAAAGUGCGCUUUUUAAAAAGCACAACAAUCAACUGAAACGGGGCUAUCUAAUAUUGCUUCGUUUCAAGCAAAUGAAUGCUAUCUUGCUUCCAGACCAACAAAGGAAACAAAAUGGUUUGAAUGAUGCAAAUGCUUACUUUACACACCGUUGGCAGUGCACUUAAUAUGGCAAUAUGCAUUGCUGAAUGGGAGGUUUUCGACAAUAUAUUGUCAAUUUAAUGCAAAUUAGCUCAGCUUUUCUUGAUGUUGUUUAACCAAUUACAUUAAGUUGUAUUGAAGCAUAGUGAAAUGAUACGAGUUUUCCACUGAUUGAAAACACAGUAAAUUCUAACUAUAAAGAGCCAUUGUGAGGACGCUUGAAUAGUACUAUUUCAGUUUAAUGUAAACUUUAUGAGCAUGUCCCAAUCUAUUUCCAGUAGAGUGGUGGAAAAAACAAAUACAUUUCAAGUGUGUAUACAUAUGCAGGAUAUUCAUUGUGGCUGCUAAGCUUGCUUGGCUCUCUUGUCCUCCAAAAGUUUUGACCACAUUAAAAAACAAAAGCAAAAGCAAAUGAGAUUUUAAGGCAUAAAAAUAUUUCUUGGGAAUCAGGGGAAAUGAAGCAGCUGAUAAAUGACCAAAAAUGUUUUGUGUCUCUUGGCAGGAGAUUUUGCUGUACUUCUCAAAGCUGGCAUGACUGUCAAACAAGCUGUUCUUUAUAACGCGCUUUCAGCUAUGCUGGCCUAUCUUGGAAUGGCUACUGGGAUACUCAUUGGCCACUAUGCAGACAAUGUAUCUAUGUGGAUCUUUGCACUUACGGCUGGGCUGUUUAUGUAUGUGGCCCUUGUUGAUAUGGUAAGUACUGUAUAUAAGUAUCAUUGGAUAUUGAUAGCACUCUGGUACGAAAUAGUUGCAGCAACAGAACUUUAAUCAAAGAUGAUGCCAGCGUCUGAAUUGCUGGAUAUGAGAGCCUUUCCUCAUCAGGCAAAGGGUACAUUUAGUUCAGCAUCCUAGCAAUGGUUACUUAAAUUCAGCCAAGGAGAGCUACAAGUACGACAUGAAGGAACAUAGUCUGCUUGCUUCUAUAGCUGACAUAGCAGUCUUCUCUCAUUGUCCCUAAUAGCAAGCUUAAAACAGGUCCACUGAGAAACAAGAGGAAAACUAUCAGCAUGCUUGGGGAACCCCACGCUUUGCAGAAAUACAGCAGCUCCCCCAUUCAAACAGCCCGGUGAGGACUCUGCAUGCUCAAUGGACACCAGGAGCCAUGGCAUGUUGAAGGAUAGGGUGGAUUGGGGUAAAAUGGCUUGUUUGAGCUUCAUAAGAUAGCAUGGUUGUCUGGCUGGAACCCUGCACAAGAGCACUUAGGUUAGAAAUUGGGGAUAUACUGCAGUAUUUUAUAGCUGCUCUCAUCUUCACAGAAGGGGAAUUAUUACCAACUUGAACAACUUAAUGCCUCAGCAUCAACAUGUUCUUUCUAUGGUAUUCAGAUUAAUUUUGUUUAUGUCUUUCUCUCCUUUUUAAAUUCAGGUGCCUGAAAUGCUCCACAAUGACGCUAGUGAUCAUGGAUGUAGUCGCUGGGGCUAUUUCCUGUUACAGAAUGCUGGGAUUUUGUUAGGUUUUGGUAUUAUGCUACUUAUCUCUGUGUUUGAACAUAAAAUUGUGUUCAGCAUAAACUUGUAAUUUUUAUUUCUUUUUUUUUUUUUUUUACAUUCCUGAUACUGACAUGGUACUGAAAACUAACUGUGGGCACUUUUUACCUCUUAAUUGCCUCCUGAUUAGGCCUUUUUAGUAGUGUUAACUGCUUGCAUACAUGGCAAGAAUAUAGUAUGUAAAAAAGGUUAAAAAAAAAAGGUACCUUUACCAAUAUAGUAUGUAGCACUAUGGGGAAACUGGCAUAUUAAAUAGCACACUUUGCCUAACAUAGUCAAAGCUAAAACUGUAAGGGAAGUGUUUUUUUAUUAUUUUGAAAAGUUAUUUAAUAUUGUAAGGAUACUUAAUAGCAUGCAAUGUGAGGUUUUGUCUUAGUCUUGUAUAUGUUAACAAAGUGAUCCCAACAUGAAGUUGUACUGCUUUUGAUGUAAUAGGAUAUAGAAAAACCGGAAGCUGUCAUUUUCAUUCCUGCUAUUGCAGGGGGAACAAGCGCUCAGAGCAUUCAUGACCAGUUAUGCUACUGUAAACAAGUUUUCUAAUGAAGAGAUUAAAUAUUUGGCUUACCAUUAAAAUUACAUGCUCACUUGUGUUUAUGUUCACAAAAUUAUUAACACUACAGUAAAAAGUUGUGAAAUGUCCCACUUCAAGGCCUCAAAUCUACAUCGAGUCAAGGUUCUACAUCAAACAAAUGCAUGUAGUUUUAAAAAUUGGAAUGUGACAAUAUUUUCAAAAAGAGCUAUGCUGUGUAUUUAAGUGAAAGUGUUGACAGAAAUCUAAAACCAGCGGGGGACAAAACAAUUACCAGAGGUGCCUCGCAAUAUUGGGAAGGUUAUAAGGAAUGAACUGCACAGACAAAAGAGCACAAGUACGGGGAGACUGUAGAAUUCUGCUCUGAACUGUAUUGCGUGCACACUUAACAGUUCUAAGUUUAGUAGUGCAUGGGGCAGAGUGAAUAGUUGAAUCGGAAUUGUUUUUUCACACCAUGCGUAUGCUUAAAAUAGAAACUAGUGUUGGAAAGAACAUCUUUCACUUCCUAGAGAACUGGAUUCUUAAGAGCUUGGUGGUAUGAAAAGCAUGUGUGCAACAGGAGUGUCACAGACCUAAAUCAGCUGCUAAGACGCAUGUCAUAGUUUGGAUAGAGUAGCAGUUCUCCUAAUUCUAUAAUACUAGCUUUUGCUAUAUAUUUUACCAGGAUAGCUUACCUUUAUGUGCGCUUCAGACAAGAAGCUCCUUAAAAUGUAUUUUGUUGCUGGCCCAACCUUGCUCAUAAAGUUCCAUAUGAUCUGGGUUGAUAGAUCAUAUCAACUUAGGUUGAUAGCUCAGUCAGUAGAGCAUGAGACUCAUGAUUGAGUUCGAGCCUCACAUUGGGCAAAAGAUUGCUGCACUGAAGGGGGUUGGACUAAAUUACCCUUGUGGUUCCUUCCAACUCUAUGAUUAAAUUAAUUUAAAUCUACUUUUUUGCUGAUCGUCUCAGUUUUUAGAGAAUUCUAGAGUAGGACUUGAUGAUCUUUUCCAACUCUUUGCUCAGUGCAGGAUGCAGUUGAGGUAUCCCUGGCAUGUUCAACCUGUGCUUAAACACCUGGCAAAACAGAGCUCAACACCUCCUGAGGCUGCCUAUUCCAUUGUUAAAUGGCUCUUAUGGACAUGUUUCUCCUAAAGAUAAGGCGAAAACUGCUUCUCACCAGUUUCCCGGCAUUGGUUUCAGACCCGGAGCAACAGUUUCAGAAGAUGUAGAUUUCAUUGGUAUUAUAGAACAGACCUGUUACUUCUGCAGAGCAUUGUUACUUUCAGGCUUUCUCUGCACGCAGAGCAAUUAGACUGAUAAAACAGGGAAGGUGCCAAGGGCAUAUUCAAUAUAGAUGCUGUUAUGGUCUUCAGUCUCGUAAAAAAAGUUACAGCUAUUGAGCACUAGUCUCAAAUAUCAAUAUUUUAGCACUUUCUCUUGUAAAAAUUAGUUCACAGUCCUUUAUCCAUCUCAAAAAAGCCUUUGCUGCACAAAACACUUUGAUUUUAUGUGUGUAUGUAAGGCUGAUAAAAAUAUUUUUGAGAUGAUAUUUGUGGAUUUAGAUACAGGAUUUCUUUGUUCAAGUCCAGUACAAUCCUUUCUACUGAACUGGAUACCAUCUAAAAUUAAACGGAGCAUUUAUUUGAAGAAAUAAGCACAAUAAUAGCUUUUGCAAUAGUUUUUAUAAGGUAAAUGAUAGUUUUGGUCUAGAAAAGGGUAGUGUCUCCUAUGUCUUGGGCUAUAAUCUCUUUCCUGGCUAGGGCUCCUGUGUGUUUAAACAGGUGAGCACUCCCACCCCACUAUGAUUGAUGUUUUGUCAAAUCGUUUUCAAAAUAAUGAAAUUGGUGUAUAUCUAUAGAACUAGUAGCCUGCCUUCAUUCAACUAACAGCUGCUAUUUAAAUCCACCUCUACCAUACUGGCUAGCAAUUUGUACAUGUAGUACUGCUUGCUUCAGUCAAGUUUUGGGUACUAACUCUUCUUGUGUGGUGGCAGGAAGAGUAAAAAGAAAAGUUGCACAGUACUUCCUAUCUGAAUAUAGCACAUCCAACAUUGGGAACAUCCUAAAGAAGGGGUAUGAUGAUGGAUUUGAGGAAGGGAAUUUUUCCUAACUGGCAGACUCCUUUUACAUAAGAAUCUCCUUCCUGUCUCUUUUUAUUUUUUAAAAAAAAGUCUGAUGGGAUGUUCAUUCUGUCUGGUAACAUCCUGAGUUCUGCUAUCAAAGUUACACAACCUUUCAGACCAGCUCCUGGGCAGGGAGAGAAACCUAAGAGGAUAUUUUAAUUUAAUUUCCUAAAGCAAAAAGGGGACACAGAACUUUGAGAACCUUGCGAAACAGCUGAUUACACAAGAAUGUAGCUCAACUAUGUCGUACGCAUGGAGAUUUUAGGACAGAAUUCCAGGGAAAUGCCUUUUAAAGCCAAAUGUCAAAGUAGAAAUAAUUUUAUUGGGGAGGGGGAAGUCAUUGAACUUGGGUAGUAACAUGUUGCCUGCUUGAGAAAAGAUGGGUUUCAGAGUUUCUUGCAGAAGAGCUCUGCUGAGAUACUACAUCUUUGCAAGGUUUUUAGAAAAGAAAAUACAUAACUGCCUAGUGUUGUGUGAUUAUAAUUCACUCAGUGUGCAUACCACUAAAAUACACAAGCAUUUUCCGUAUGCAUGCCUACAUAUUUUAUUGCUUAAAGUCACAUUUUCUCACGUCUAGAAGCCUAUCCUCAGAACUGGAAAUUUGACAGCACUGAUUCAGAAGAGAAAUAAGCUUCACACAAGAGGCAUCAUUAACUCCAAUUUGUCAUACUUUCAGGAACAAAUGCUUCAUGUAGAUUCACCCCAAUGAGGUAAGUCAUAAGUUAAUAAAUAAGAAUGCCAUGCUGAAUGCUUCUGGCAUCACCACCCUGCUUUGUCAGGAAAGGGCUCCCAUGUACUUUCUUAAUAUUGGAAGCUGGUGAAUAUUUUACUUACUGAGGCUGAAUGUUAAGUAAUUAGUCUGAGCUCUUAAUUCCAUGAUAGAUUUUUUCAAAAAAAAAUAGUUGCUGAAACUACUUAGCUGCUCUUUAUUUUUAAGCAUGAAGUCCGAUUCUAGAGUCACGGAACAUCUGUGUUCAGAGAUUUGCAACUUGCCCAUGAAUCAGGAAAGUGUGUAGAGAAGCCUCCCACUAGUUGCUGCUGUUCAUAAAUUUUUUUGGAACUGCAAUUCCCAUAAUCGCUGAAAAGUCCAUGGGACAACUGAUGGGACUUGUAGUCAGAAUAUCUGGAGGACACCAGCUUGGGGAAGGAUACAGGAUAUCCUUGCACAUUCUUAGCAGGGGCACUUCAGUGAGAAACCCAGACUAAUAGCUACUUCUGUGCACAUUGGCUGAGAAGUGAACUUCACUGACUUUUAAUGCGGACGAUACCACGCAGCAGACUUAAAAAUUAAAGGAAAACGUCAUCUUGGUCAUGGCAUUGUAGAGUUGGAAGUGAUAUCGAGUGUCAUCUAGUUCAACCCCUGCAAUACAAGAAACUCCAAUAAAGCAUACGUGAUAGGUGGCCAUCCAACCUCUGAUUGUGAUAAUACUUUGUGGAAAGUUACUAGAAUGUGGGAAAUUUUAUGGUUAAACCCCUUGACAGUUCAAGCUUCAAGGCCCCCAAAUGUAGGUCCCUUCACAACCAGCAAUGAGGCCCAGUUGCCUUCUUCAGUGGGGUUAUGUUCCAGAAAAGAUCACCAUGCCUUUGCAACAUCUGUGCUACUGACUCAAGCGUUGGGAUUGUUGAAAUAUAUACAACAUAGAUCAAAUUGAUUUGUGCGACUCAAAUUGAGUCUACUAGACCCAAAACGUUUAAGCAAUGUGGACUAAAGUCGCCGGGGUGGGGGGUCCCCCGCUGCGAUUAGAGGCCCUGAAACUUAAGCUUCAUUCAUUAGUUUUAUAGUGGAUCUGCCACUGGUUUAAACACUUGACAGAACGGAGGCAACUCGACAACCCUCUGCCUCUUCGUUGGUUAGGUUGAUCGAUGGGAUGUGGCCAGGGAGUGAUGAAAGAUACUGUAAUAAUAAUAAUAAUAAUUUAUUUAUACCCUGCCCAUCUGGCUGGGCUUCCCCAGCCACUUUGGGCGACUUCCAAAAAAAUAUUAAAAUACCGUAAUACAUCAAACAUUUAAAGCUUCCCUAAACAGGGCUGCCUUCAGAUGUCUUCUAAAAGUCUGUUAGUUGUUGUUCUCUUUUGACAUCUGGUGGGAGGGCGUUCCACAGGGAGUGAUGGAAGACAGAGAUGUGAAUUUUAAAUAUUUAACUAAAAGUCAAGCGGCCAGUGAACCCAGCCAGUGUUUGCUGUGAUUUUGGGCAGCAACCGCAAUCCUCCCGCAGAGGACGCAGCAAAGUUUUUGCUCACAAGCCUCGAUUCUUAUUUCGUGAUUUUUUUUGAGUUUUCGAGCACUUAAAAAAUGCAGCGCGCCUGUAUGCCAGCCAGUCAACGGAGAGCAAUGCAGUUCUGGACGCAACUGA